CCACCCCAGAGCGGGCCGAGCACCGCGCGGCGCGGCGCGGCUCGUAGGACGGGAGGCUCGGGCCUCCGCGCGGAGGCACCUAGGUCUGGACCUGGGCCGGGGUGUGCAGCGAAGGCGUGUGUGGGGCUGGAUGGGAGACGGGGACUGUGCUGUGGGUUACUGGGGAAGGGGUUUCCCAGAGGCACGCUGGCAAGUAGGAGGCAGAAGGAAAGGUGCGACUGGCCCUCGCGGCCUAGAUGUUGUCCGGGCAUGACCUGUACCUUUCCCGGAGCCUCUCCCUAAGCCGCCAUGAACUGAGGUGUCCAGGCCUGGAUCCCUGGGUGGAAGGCAGGAAAAACUGGGGUCUCCUAACUUCUGAUCCCACGUUCUGGGACUGGAUUGGCAGAUAAAACACCUGGUCUGGGUAGCGGCUAACUUCUUGGGGCAUAGCAACACCCUUGGGCCUUGCAGCUGUAUAACUCACCGAUUUCCGGUCUUUGAGCCUAAUCCCACCUCCCAGCUUCUUCUUGUCCCCUACCGUCGCACCCCUACUUGGUCACAGUCACCCUCUUUGUGUAGUAGCUUGAGGUCCUCCCCAUGGGAUCUCCCUUCCAAACACAGGAACACCACCUUCUGUAGGGGAGGGGUGGUCAUUUUCUUGUGCUUUUAGUGGUGAAGGGCCUGGAGAAUGGCUUCAGGUCGGAGGUCAGCGACAGAAAAUUCCUGCUGAGUCAUUCAUUGGCUUGGGUGGGAUCCGUGUCUUCCUUAAGCAGGGGCCUACCUGGAUAGGCAGAUGUCAGUUAACAGGCUGUUGGGUUCAUUGCUGAUAGGAGUGGUCACUGCCCAGUCUAGAGUCAAGUGCCAUGUGGCUCAACGAAGGAGCAUGCGGGCAUUUGAGGUCGUGUGUGAAUGCUGGGUGAGGGCAGGUCCCACAGUGGCCUGCUCAGGACUAGGGCGGCUUCCCAAUGAUGGUUCCUCACCAGAAGUCUGGACAGAGUCAGUUCUCUUGUCUUCCUUUUACCAGGAAGUGACCCCUCAGAGUGAGCAUGCCAGUACUCCAUGUAGUGUGGGCAUGCUGACUGUGGAAGGCUGCAUCUGAGCGGACGGGUCAGCAUUCUUACCCCAGGUGGUCUGUCUUGAUCUCCCCAGAACAGCGUGCCACACCUCACACUGCAGGCAGGAAGGAAAACCAACAGCCUACAGCCAGGGCAGUGCCCCAGAGGGAAAUCAGAGCACUCUUCUUAGCAAGGAGACAUAGGAGUGUCCUCACCUCCAAGCUCUGUCAUAUUUGGACUUGUGGAUGUAUUACACCACGCUCCUAGGGAUGGCAGACACCAGAGCUCCCUGGGUCAGACACAAGCCAGAGUCCUAACCCCCUACAUCACUGGGCAAGUGUCCCCUAAUAACAGAGCAGCCAUCCUGGUAGCAUCACCUGGCCCACUCCUCAAGGCACUCCCCUUCCUGGGCAGAAAUAACUUCCUAGUCUGGCCUGACAUCCAGGAACCUAUGUGGCAGGCAGGGCAAGAGCCCCAAGCCAUUUCAAGCCUGAGGAGCAGUGGGGAGUGGGGUGAGGCUGCCCUAAGGCAGCUUCCAGGCCAGAGGUCAGCAGGUUUCUGGGUGUUUGAUUGCUGUUUCUAGUGCCUUCUUCAAGCACAAGCUUUCUGCUACACCUUCCCCCAGCCACUAGAGAAGAAUAUAGUGGUCCUGGAGCACCUGUGACAGGACAAGACUAAGGACAAGACGUCCUUAGUGCACUGGGGAGAGGGUGGUGGUCCAGGCUCAUGGAAAUGUCUGUCUCGUCUUCAGGAUGGGAAGGUAUAGAGAUCCUAUAGAGAGGGCCUGGCCCCAAGGAACUGUGGCCCAAGGAGGUUUAGCUGAGAUGGGACAGUAGCAAAGGGUGAGGUUUUCAGAGCAGUUAGAGUUGGGGCAGGGAAAUGAGUGAAGGGGCUGUGGGAAGGUGGAGGUGUGGACUGGGGGAAGAGGUGUGGGUGGGGUUUAAGGCCAUCAUCCCUGGAUGAGUCAGUCUCCACUCUGCUGUGCUCACCUUGGGCCAGGCCGCUGGCCCCAACAUGGCCCGUCGCUCCCAGAGCAGCUCGCAGGGGGACAACCCGUUGGCACCUGGGUACCUGCCACCUCACUACAAAGAGUACUACCGCCUGGCGGUGGAUGCCCUGACGGAGGGUGGGCCGGAAGCCUACAACCGCUUCUUGGCAUCUGAGGGGGCACCGGACUUCCUGUGCCCCGAGGAGGUGGAACAUGUGAGCCGCCACCUGCAGCCCCCACAGUACGUGGCCCGGGAACCCCCUGAAGGCAGCCCUCCCGAUGUGGACAUGGACGGUUCCUCGGGCACAUACUGGCCAGUGAAUUCGGACCAGGCCGUGCCUGAGCUGGAUCUGGGCUGGCCCCUGACGUUUGGCUUCCAAGGCACAGAGGUCACCACACUGGUACAGCCGCCACCACCCGACAGCCCCAGCAUCAAAGAUGAAGCCCGGAGGAUGAUCCGCUCCGCGCAGCAGGUGGUGGCUGUAGUGAUGGACAUGUUCACUGACGUGGACCUGCUCAGUGAAGUGCUAGAGGCUGCUGCAAGGCGCGUCCCCGUCUACAUUCUGCUGGAUGAAAUGAACGCUCAGCACUUCCUAGACAUGGCGGACAAGUGUCGGGUCAACCUGCACCACGUGGAUUUCCUGCGCGUGCGCACAGUGGCAGGGCCUACCUACUACUGCCGCACUGGGAAGUCUUUCAAGGGCCAUCUGAAGGAGAAGUUCUUGCUGGUAGACUGCGCUGUAGUAAUGAGCGGGAGCUAUAGCUUCAUGUGGUCCUUCGAGAAAAUCCACCGCAGCCUGGCUCAUGUGUUCCAGGGAGAACUGGUCUCCAGCUUCGACGAAGAGUUCCGCAUCCUCUUCGCACAGUCGGAGCCGCUGGUGCCCUCAGCUGGGGCGCUAGCCCGCAUGGAUUCCUAUGCGCUCGCUCCGUACUCCGGGGCUGGGCCCCUGAUGGGCGUCCCCGGGGUUGGAGCACCAACACCAUUUUCCUUCCCCAAACGGGCGCACCUCCUAUUCCCACCACCCCGGGAAGAAGGCCUCGGGUUCCCCUCUUUUCUAGACCCUGACCGCCAUUUCCUGUCCGCUUUCCGCCGUGAAGAGUUGCAGCGGGUGCCUGGGGGUGCACUGGAACCCCACACAGGCCUCCGGCCGCUGGCGCGGCCCGCUGAGGCUGGGCCCAUUGGAGAGCUCGCAGGCCCGCGGGGCUUCUUCCAAGCACGGCACCUGGAAAUGGAUGCCUUCAAGCGACACAGCUACACCGCCGCGGAUGGAGCCGGGGCCGUGGAGAACUUUGCCGCCGCAAGGCAGGUGUCACGACAAACAUUCCUCAGCCACGGCGAUGACUUCCGUUUCCAGACCAGCCACUUCCAACGUGACCAGCUCUACCAGCAGCAUUACCAAUGGGACCCACAGUUUGCACCUGCACGCCCACAGGGCCUUUUCGAGAAGCUUCGUGCAGGUCGACCUGGCUUCGCGGACCCUGACGACUUCACCCUAGGUGCUGGGCCCCGCUUCCCAGAACUUGGUGCUGACGCGCACCAGCGGCUGGAAUAUGUGCCAUCUAGCGCAUCUCGGGAGGUGCGCCACGGCUCUGAUCCUGCCUUUGGACCCAGCCCCCGUGGUCUAGAGCCAAGUGGGGCCCUGCGUCCCAACCUGGGCCAGCGUUUUCCUUGCCAACCAGCCUUGAGGCAAGGCCAGGAUACCACUCCGGAGGCGGAGACUGAGCGCAGGGGUGGGCCCGAGGGCCGGGCUGGACUACGUCACUGGCGACUUGCUUCCUACCUGAGCGGCUGCCAUGGUGAAGGUGGGGAAGAGGGGCUGCCAAUGGAGGCUGAGGCCUAUGAAGAUGAAGUGCUGGCUCCUGGAGGCCGGGACCUGCUCCCCUCCACUUUCCGCACCCCUGCAGUUUUCCCAACCAAGGGACCAAAGCCAGGCUCCGGAAGCGGUGGUGGCGACAGCUCCGAGCGAGAGGGCCCAGAGGAAGCAAGCCUGGCUAAGCAAGACUCCUUCCGCUCACGCCUGAAUCCGCUCAUCCAGCGCAGCUCCAGGCUGCGCUCGUCGCUCAUCUUCGCAUCCCAGGCCGAGGGUGCCGGUGGGGCGGCGGCAGCCACUACUGAGAAAGUACAGCUGCUGCACAAAGAGCAAACAGUCAGUGAAACUCUGGGUCCCGGCGGGGAGGCUGUCCGCUCCAGCGCUUCCGCCAAAGUAGCCGAGCUGCUGGAGAAAUACAAGGGCCCUGCCCGGGACCUUGGCGGUGCAGGGGGUCCCGUCACCACCUCCAGCCACAGCAAGGCGGUAGUGUCCCAGACCUGGCGGGAGGAGGUGGUAGCACCAGGAGGAGCCGGAACUGAGCGUCGCAGCCUCGAGAGCUGCUUGCUUGACCUGCGGGACUCCUUCACUCAGCAGCUGCACCAGGAGGCGGAGCGACAUCCGGGAGCCGCUUCGCUGACCGCUGCACAGCUCCUCGACACUCUGGGUGGCACAGACCGCCUGCCAUCGCGCUUCCUCUCCACCCAGGGCCCCUCCUUGUCGCUACAAGGUCGAGAGAGCCCUCCACUAGAAGGGCCCGGAACGCACCAGCUGCCUUACUCUGAGCGCAAGGGGAGCCCGACCCCGGCCUACCCUGAGCGCAAGGGGAGCCCCACCUCAGCGUACCCUGAGCGCAAGGGGAGCCCGACCCCGGCCUACCCUGAGCGCAGGGGGAGCCCGACCCCGGCCUACCCUGAGCGCAAGGGGAGCCCCACCUCGGCCUACCCUGAGCGCAAGGGGAGCCCCACCUCAGCGUACCCAGACCGCAGGGGCAGCCCAGUGCCCCCUGUGCCUGAGCGCAGGGGCAGCCCGGUGCCCCCUGUGCCUGAGCGCAGAGGCAGUCUCACCUUCAGUGGGGAGCCUUCAAAGACCGGCCCCACAGAGGAAGUGGCCGGCGGCCCCAUGGAAGUUCUGCGAAAAGGCUCGCUCCGCCUGAGGCAGCUGCUGAGCCCCAAGAGUGAGCGGCGUGGGGAGGAUGAGGGCAGCUUUCCCGCCCCUCAGGAAAACGGGCAGCCUGAGAGCCCCCGACGGCCCUCCCUGGGUCGGGGUGACAGCACAGAGGCUGCUGCAGACGAAAGAGGCUCAAGGGUGCGCCUGGCUUCAGCUACUGCCAAUGCCCUGUACAGCAGCAACCUGCGAGACGACACGAAAGCCAUUCUGGAGCAAAUCAGUGCCCACGGCCAGAAGCACCGCGGAGUCCCUGCCCCAGGUCCAGUUCACAGCAGUCCUGAGCCGGGUCGCCCAACAACUGCAGGAGACUUGGCCCCAGACAUGUCCGACAAGGACAAGUGUUCGGCCAUCUUCCGCUCGGACAGCCUAGGGACACAAGGCAGGCUCAGCCGCACACUGCCAGCCAGUGCCGAGGAACGCGACCGGCUCCUGCGCCGGAUGGAGAGCAUGCGCAAAGAGAAGCGUGUCUACAGUCGCUUCGAGGUCUUCUGCAAAAAGGAGGAAGGUGGUGGUACCGGGACAGGAGAUAACUUAGCAGACGAGGACACCAGGGACAGUAAAAUGGGCAAAUUUGUUCCCAAGAUCCUGGGUACAUUCAAAAGCAAAAAAUGACCUCCUGGUCUUGGAGGCCAGGACUCCACAUCACUGCCAUACUAUACCCACAGUACCCAUCUGGUAUUGAUGGAGCGGUGGCUGCCAGGCUGGUGUCAAAGCAGUCUGAAGCCUGGUGAUGACCGCCUGAACUGAGCUGCACUUGAAUUCGCCUGGCAGCUGAACUCUCUCCCCCUCUUGGCUUGUCCUCACUAAGGGGCUCAGCCCCUCCUGGUGCAUUUUCCUCACCUCAGCCCCCACCAUCUCCCGGGCUCAGGUCCACUUUGGGUCUUAUUUCACCUCAGGGAUCCACCUCUGCCUUAUUCUCCAACUUUCCAAGAACUCUCUCACUUUAUGCUUCAGUUGCCUACUUAGGGCCUUUUUAUCUCAGGGCUUUUCCUCAGGGUGUGCAUCUCACAGCUCCUGGGUCCACUGCCUCCCUCUGGUGACAGCUUCCCCUCCCUCCAUCUCUCUCUGGAACUCACCUUCCCUCCUCCCACCGUCUCCUCACUGCCUCCUAGCACUUUCUUGGCACCUGCCCUCUUGCUGUGGGAACAGCAGGGCUGGCCUCAGGCAGUUUAAGGUAAAGGAGGGUGACAGGGAUGCUGGAUAGGGUAGGCCACUGGACAGUAGUUGCCAAGCACCUACCAGGGCUCCCUCAAGCCACAUCUGCCCUCUCCAGCAAGUCUCUGGGUAGCACUUGAAGAGGAGCGAGGAAUGGGGAGCACUGGACUUUGCAGUACAAUAAAGCAGUCUAAACAGACUUUCUAUGACCCCAAACCUCAGUAAGUUCCUAAGCCAAAAGUCUGGGACAAGGCUGUAUAUGAUGUGUUUGUCCUUAGCAGAAAGCAGAUGGGAUAGAGUACAGCCAGAGCCCCAGCCAUCACUGAGGAACAAUAGGUUCCACACCCCCCCAAAUCCACCCUAGUCUCGGGCCUUUCCUGUUACCAACAAAAAUAAAUCUGUCCAAGGUCCCUGGUUACUUUAA